UGCAAUGUUUUCCAAACAAAAUAAGAGUAUCCCACAACUUACAGCAGAGCACGGAAUGAAGAGGCCUGUGGCUGUGUUUCGUAAGGACUAGAAUGAUGGAAAAGAGCAUCAGAGACUUGUGACAUCAGUUUCUAAAUAAAUGAACCAUCCAAGACUUAGUCACUGUGGGUGCCCCCUCUCUGGAGGCAUUCAAGAGCAGGCUGGGCAGGGCUGUGAGCAACCUGCUCUACUGGAAGGUGUCCCUGAACUGGAUGAUCUCUAAGGUCCCUUUCAGUACAAAUCAUUCUGUGACCUCACACAGAAGGUGGAUGUGUGGAUACUUGGAGGAAAAAAGAGCACUUCUGUCCUAUCAUUUCCCAAUGUGUUUAGAGACUGCAGAUCUCUUCAGGUGGUGGCUCAGCACAGGGGAGGCAUUCAGCAGUGCCUUUAGGGGCUGCAGUGGCACUGCAGGUGAAGGCAUUCUAUGCAUUCCGAAUGUAUUCAUUUUUUCUGAUGCUUUUUUUUUUAUUUAACAGAAGUUGUCCUCGAUGUUCUGAAGAGCUCUAAACCUCUUGUGGCCAAUAUAUCAGCAGAGUUGGAGACAGAUCCAGAAGGUAGUAGGCUGAAAAAGCAAUGGCCUUCUCCUGUCAUCAAAAUCUAUGAGAUCUGCUCCAGCGAGCAGCUGGGUGGGCACAUCUGCCUGCUGGAUUACUACUGCAGGGGUCUCAUGUUGGCUGCUCCCUCACGGUCAGCUUCUGUGGCAAACCUCCACUCAUCCCACAGCACCUCAUCUGCUGCAGGCUGCCUCUAUUGGCCACGAGCAAUGACUGCCACACAGAUCGCGCCUCCGCAUGACUCAUCAACGUCUGCAUCACAUGCAAACGAGGAUAAAGCAUCCGUGGUGCGCUGAGCUCUGGCAAUCGGAGAAGUUCCACUGAGGGAUGGUUGGUGUGAACUCACCGAGGGAGCAGCCCCAGCAUGGCUGUGAAUGGGACGGAUGCCUGUCAGGAUGUGGGAGGAGCCCUGCAGAAGGUUUACCUCUCCACCAUGUAUAGCCUGGAGUUCACUUUGGGUGCCAUUGGGAACAGCGUUGUUGUGCUUGGUUAUAUCUUCUGCCUAAAGGAGUGGAAAAAUGGCAAUAUUUACCUGUUCAACUUGUCACUGUCAGAUUUGCUGUUCCUGUGCACUUUACCAGUCCUGGUGAGCAGCUACUCCCGAGGCCGAUGGAUAAGUUCGAGCAUCCUGUGCUACAGCAACAGGUUCCUGCUGCACGUCAACCUGUACACCAGCAUCCUCUUCCUUACCGUCAUCAGCAUUGACCGGUACAUGCUCAUGAGAUACCCUUUCAGAGAUCAUGCACUGCAGAAGAGGAAGACAGCCUUCAUUGUGUGCAUUGCUGUUUGGGUCCUGGUGAUACUGGAGCUGUUGCCGUUGACCUUCUUCCUGGAGACAGUGUCACCAGCCAAUAACUUCACGUGCCUCGACUACGCGAGUUCUGGGGACCCAGAGAAAAGCCUCAUCUACAGUCUGUUCCUAACGCUCUUUGGGUUCCUCAUCCCCCUUGCCAUAAUGUGCUUCUUCUACGUGAAGAUGCUGCUUUUUCUGAAGACCUGGAAGGAGAGGAGCAGCUCUGUCCUGGCUCUUGAGAGGCCGCUCACCCUGGUGGUGCUGGCUGUCACCACCUUCUCACUGCUCUUCACCCCAUACCAUGUGAUGCGCAAUGUCCGCCUCGCCUCCCGCAUCCCAGCCCUCAACAUGUCCAUGUGCACCCAGAGCACCAUCAACACUGCCUACAUCAUCACCCGGCCCAUCGCCUUCCUCAACAGUGCCAUCAACCCCGUGUUCUACUUCCUCAUGGGGGACAACUUCCGAGAGAUGCUGAUGGCAAAAGUAGUGCAGGUUUUGGGCAGGCUGAAAAGCACGGACAAAUGAACUGCUGGGGAGAGCUCUGGCAAUGGAACUAGGGGAAAGCUGUGUGGGAGAACAUCGGCAGCAUGCACUGCUUUAUUCUUUAGAUAGCUUUGUUCAGGCAGCAGAACAUACAGGAGCUGAGUUUGUCACUGAAAGUGCCUAUUGCCGAUUUGUUUCCAGCAGGACAGAGGCAGGUCAAC